AUGCAGUACAGUCUCUCAGCCGUGCGGAUGUUCAAUUUCAAAACAUUCGUUGGGGAGCACAGUAUCACAGAUAUUCCACGGCUUAGCUUCAUCGUUGGCCCCAACGGAUCUGGAAAGACAAACAUUUAUGAUGCUAUUCUCUUCGCCACGCUCUUUCCUGAUCCUCGAGUGCGUAUUUCGGAUGGAUACAUCUCUGCAGGGGCGGACGGUGGAUGCUGGGUUUCGUUAACCUUUACUGUAGCCUGUCAAGAUACCGACACAGUAGAGCCUAGCCAGAUAGGAGCUACGCUCUCCUUUCACCGUGGGUAUCAACGCACUGGUGCAGAGAUCUUUAAAAUAGAUGGCCGAACAGUCACCAGAGAGGUCUACAAUUCUAAGUUGAAAGAGAUUGGCAUACUGGGUCAGCGUCAGGUUCCAUCCAUAUUUUAUAUAAGCAGCGAUCAAUUGGGGGAAAAUAUUAGGGCGGAGACAAUAAUUCAGUACAUUGAGACAGCGUCUGGAAGCUGCGAAUACAACGAGGAGUGCACACAUCUGUCAAAGGAGUAUACCUCUCUUGAAGCUAAAGUAAAAGCCCAGAAAGCACGACUCAACCUUCUCGCCCAAAGAAAAGAGCUGGCAAAGAAAGCAGAAGAAGACAACAAAAAGUAUGCAGAGCUGAAUCGUAACAGAGAGCUAUUUUUUUUCAAGCGCUUUCUCCUUCCCUUGCUCUCUUACAAAUACCAUUGUCAGCUUAUCGAGCCAAGGAUUCUAGCUCUCACUAAGGAUCUGUCUGAUGCAGAGACAGCAAAGUCUGCAACUCAGCACCAUUUAGCAGAGCUUCAUAGCACGUCUCUUGAGCUAACCAAGAUCAUAACAGAGAGUGAUGCAAAGAGUGUCUCGCUAGACAACUCUCUUAAGGAUUUAGAGAGAAGACGCGCGAGUACCAUCCUUGCAGAGCAGCAGCUCGCCAUUAAAAUUAAAAAUGCCCAUGACCAACAACUUACCUACACAGAGAGAAAGCAGCAGAAAGAGCACGAACUUACCCAGAUUGAUCAGCAGUUACAUUCAGUUAAUAAUGACUUGAUAGAGCUGGAGUCACAGAUGGGUCAUGGUUCGAACUGCCAAGUGAGCGCCUCUAAGUUUUUCACAGACGCUUAUAAGAAAAGACAGCAAGAGUUCAGCGAAUUAAAGGACGCCGAUCUCAGGCUCAUCAGCAACCUGCGACAACGAUAUAACAAGCAACUACUACAUAAAGAACAGCAGCAGCGAGCCGUUGAUCAGUUGAGAGAUGAGCUGGGGGCUCUGCAGGAAAGGCAAAGCGUGCUCGAACGGACCCAAAAGCAAUGCAAACGAUCCAUGGAUGACGCUCUGUCAAAGGUAAACGCCUGUAGCAGUGAGAUAGAACAAAUAAAGCAACAGAAUAAAGACAUAGACGAAAAGAAAUGCGCCAAUUUAUUGACGCUCGAGAGCUUGCGUAACCAAUUAAGCACAGCUAUACAGGCUCAAACGAUGAGUAAGCAUGAAGAGGAACUUAGACUGUCACUAAAGGAAAGCCAGGACGCCUUUCCACAAGACGUACAAGGGCUAUUAAAGACUAUGGUGACGCCCAUCAAAAAGGAGCACGGGCAGCUACUCCAAGAUGCGCUGGGGGCCUAUCAGAACGGAGUUGUUUGUUCCUCAUCACUAGUCGCACAGAAGUGCAUCACUACGCUAAAGCUCAAAAUGAGACGCCCUCUGAUGUUCCUUCCUGCGGACUCUCUUAGGAUAACUGAUCAAGCAACAGCUGCAGACAGAAAUGCAGCAGCUAAAUUCCGCCAGUCACAUCCAGGAAUAGAUAUUAGACCCUUCAUUGAAAUAAUAGAUGUUAAUAAAGUGGCAGAGAAAGCCACAAGGUUUGCGUUACAUAACACCUUUUACUGUGACUCUGCCUAUGAAUCCAGUGUUACCGACUUUGCGUGGAAAGACGGAGGCGGGCACAGGGUCAUUAUGAGUAACGGGGUUCAGCUGAGGCCAGGUGGAAUUGUCUCUUGUGACUUUGGAGCAGAUAGUUUUAUUUCUUCAACCAGCGAUCCUAAGUUAGCUAAACGGCGGCGCGCCAAAGAUGUACCAGCAGGAGGCUUGGCUGAUGCAGAUGCCUCCCAACAAGCUACGCUUAAAGAUGACAAGAAGUCAAUGCGCCUCAGUGAUGAGGAAGCGUCCCUUCAGUGCACAAAACUUAUGCAGCUACAGGACUCCCUUCUAGAACAAGCAACGCGAAAUAUGGAGCGGCUCCAGCGUUUGCAGUAUACUGACUUGAUCAAUUAUAAUAGCGAGUAUCAACGUGCCGAAAAGGCGUGGGACAUGGUCAAUCUUCAAAUGGCAUCUCUCUCUGCCAAAUGUGCAGCAGCAAAUAAUAGCUAUGAACAAGCUACCAAAUCUUUAGAUGCUUCCAUAAAAGACUGUGAGCAAUUAGGGGACGCCCUCUGUGACCAAGAGGAAGCGCUCUGGAAUGAAAAGGAAGAGUACUUUUCCGAGAUAGUAGCCGAAAUAUCAGUUGCUAUCAAGCAGGAUUCCGAUCCAUCGCUGGCUAACUUGCGGAAAAAGGACCGGAUAUUUCUUAAAGAUCUGGAAGAAGAAGAUCAGCAACAAAGAGGAGAGAUUGUUUUGCGAUUCACCAAGUUGAAGGAGAUGAAGUAUUCUCUGGAAAUGCGCAAGCAGUUGGCAGGAAAGUUUGAUUAUUCUGAGCAGAUUGACAAAUUGCGACAAAUAAUUAAAGAAUCUACUGAGCAUCGAGCCAAGAUUGCCACUGAAAAGCGCACUCUUGAUGACCAAAUUGCAGAGACCCGCAAACUUCUUCUCGACCAAUCAACGGCAUCUAAAGAUGCCACUAUGCAACGAGCACACAUAACUGACCGCAUAGCACAGCAACAAAUUAAGUUAGGAGCCGCUGGCUCGAAGAUUUUACAGUUGAGUACCCAACUAACAGUCAUGCAGAGCGCGUUACGGGGUAUCCAACGAGAUAUUCUCCACCUGUGCGAAUCAGCACUUAUGACCAAUACCGUAUUAAUAUUCGACUCAGUACAGGAAGAGAUAGACGCAGAGAACGUGCGCCGGUCCAGAGUAAGGAGCAAAAAGAGGAAUGAAACCUCUGAUACCACUUCCCAGUGCAUGGCACUUUUUGAUGAAUGCCAGAGACUACUGUCGUCAUCCGAAGAAGACCUUGGAGAGCAGAUUGCAAGCACAUGCAGUGCGCUCCUGGCACUACCUUUUCCAUAUCAUUUUGUUGACCCAGAUAGGCAAUUGGAAAAGGCGUACACAUUAGCUUUGCAGGCUAACGAUUCUAGCUAUAAUAAAUGCAUAGAGCCUCUAGAAAAGCAAUACAGUAUCCUAGAAGCCAAGUUAGGGGAUUUGAAGAAAGCGCUGGAUAAAGAGAUAGACUCUCUUGACGAUUAUGUGGCAGUGGACAUUAGUCUCGAUGAUCUAGAUAAAGAGCUUUCUAAGGAGACGGAAGAACUCAAGAGCCUACAUAAAAAGAGGAGUGAAGCACAUGCUCAAUUGACUGUGGUAACUGAAAAACGGAGGAAGCACUUCUUGCAUUGCUUUGACUUUCUCUCCAAGGAGAUAUCAGCGGUGUACUAUGCUUUAGCGUACGAUGAUGUUGCAGAUAGUGAUUUGUCAACGCAAGUGGCGUCUCUGACCCUAACUAAGCGCCAAACGCCUUGGACCACUGACUUCAUUUUUACUGUCUUUCCUCCUAGCAGCUAUGCAAAAGGGUUCGACGAGUUGUCCUCCGGCGAAAAGUCUAUCGCUCUUUUGGCGUUGGUGUUCUGCCUUCACCGCUACAAGACUCUUCCAUUUCUUCUGCUUGACGAAGUGGACAAGAACUUGGACUCAAGAAACGUUGAGAGGCUAUCAUAUUACCUUUGUCGAGAGCGCGGAUUUCAUACUCUUGCCAUAUCUCACCAGGCGUCCAUGUUUGUUAAUGGUGACCUUCUGAUCGGUGUCACCCGCGUGCGGACCUCACCUGGCGAGAAGGCGUCCGCCGGCUCAUGGUGCGGCGCAGAGAUAUACCUGCUUGACAUGACACACUACAAUGGACCGUAG